CCGCCCUCCGUUGCCCCGAGCAACGGCAGCGACGCCGGCGCCUGGGAGCUCCGGGACUGCGCGGCGCCGAGCCCGGCCGCAGGCAGACAGAAGUGUGACUGUUAAGUUGCCAGGAUUCCUUUAAUUUAAACCUGAUAUUGCAGCCCAGAAAAAAACAGACUGAAAUCUGAAAAAUGUCAGAAAGUCCAGUCUCUGGCAAGUCCUCAAGUGCUAAAGGCUCAGCAAAAAAACUUAAAGGAGAAACCAAAACUAAAAGCUCAGCCAGAGGAAAGCGAAAACAGCUAGCUAAAAAAGAUGAGGAAGUUGACAUUUCUAUGGCAAGCAUUGGUCACCCAGAAAUCUUUCCAUUGGUAUUCACUGAAAAGACGCAAGAAAUUUUUAAUUGCCGAGUUAACGAAGACAUCACAGAAGAAAACCCUUUCAAACUUCUGAAAAAAGAGGACGUAAUUCAAGACAUGAAGACAAGGGCUGCAAUCUCUGAUUUCCACCCAGUCAAAAAAGUAGUCUUAGAAUAUCCAGGAGAAGAACUUCUGAUAGUCUUAGAUGCAGAGUUCAAAUAUGGACAGAACUUUUAUCUGGUUGCAACUGAAGAGGCCAAAGAAAACCUUUUAAAUCCCCCAGAACCAGUGGAAGGAGGAGAAACUAAAGAAGGGACACCUGAGGAAUUUGUUUACAAGCCUCCUGUCCAUAAACCUUGGGUCUCUCUUGGCAGUGAAAAGGAAGUUGAAGAAGAAUCGGUUAAAGAAACUGUCACAAAGAUUAAAUAUGAGAUUUCUCGAUUGCGCAGGGAGUUUGGUGCAGCAGUAACAUUUACCGAUAGAAAUGCUUCCAAUGUGAAAGAUGGCUACAUUGAAUGUACAUCCUAUCAGGAUAAAAAUUUCAGCAUUAAACAGCUUGAAAGAGAUGUUGGGGCACAGGUUGUUCCACAAGUAAGGGAAACAAGUACUCAGACAAAAUGGAUGUACCCAAGAAAUGCAACAACCCAAUAUUUUCCUAGAGAGUUCUCAAAUGAAGAAAAAGAGCAGUGUUUAUCAUCUGAUGAUCUGAAAGAAUUUAUUACUUCAGUGUCCUUACGAGUGGAAAUAGCAUUGCAGCAAAAUGAAAUAAUGAAUGCUUUUUUUGAUGACUGGAAAGCACUAGCAGAAGAUGAAAGCAGUUUUGGUGGCAAGUCAGAUGCUUACCUUAAAGAAUACCAAUCAUUUACAGACCUGCACUCUCUGAAGAACAGAACCGUUACCUGUAUUUGCUGGCACCCAACCAUUUAUGGGAUUAUAGCAGUGUCUGUGACAGAAAGACUUACUUAUGAAGAUCGAGUUAACCUAUCUGGUAAACUGCUACUUGGGAAGUCAUUGAUUCUUUUCUGGAGUUUCUCUGACCCUAUUCACCCUCAGUUACUGCUGGAGUGCCCUGAAGAUAUCUUCUGCUUUCAGUUCUGUCCAAGUGAUCCCAAUAUCAUUGCUGGAGGCUGUAUAAAUGGACAGGUUGCACUGUGGGACAUUUCUGAAUAUGAAGAGAAGCUUCAAAAUGCUAAAACUGGAGCUGGUGGAAGCAAGAAUACUGCUGUUAAUAUGCCAUCAUUUAUACAAGCACAACAAAGUGGUAAGGAGCCACAUUUUGUGAGAUUCUGCGCAGUCUCUUCCAUAGAAUAUGGCCAUAAAGCAGUAGUAACAGAUAUACAUUGGCUGCCAGAUUAUUUUGAGGUCAACAAAAUGGGCCUUACUUUUGAAAACAGAGCUGGAGUUUGUGUGCAGCUUGUAACCUGCUCUGCGGACUGCUUGAUAUUGUUUUGGGAUACUCGAGCUCCCAAACUGAGUGUGCAGGCUUCAUCUGAGAAAACAAAAGAAGAGAAAGCAAUAGAGGCACCCCCUGAUGUCCCUACUACUUUUACACAUUUAGACCUCAGCUGGAGACCUCUCAUGAAGAUAAAUCUAUCCAAGAGUGAUACAAGUGGAGACUACAGUCCUACCAGAAUUAGCUUCACUGAAGAGCAUUACCAUUACAAAAUACAAGAUAGGGCACAAUCCCAGCUCCAACCAGAACUAUUUAUAGAUGGAAGUCCUUAUAAGCAGUUAAGGGUCCCUUCAGCCAAACCUCUUAAGCUGCUGGAGAACGUCCCCACAAACUUUUUUGUUGGAACUGAAGAUGGUGAACUCAUUUAUUCUGACUGGAAGAUGGAAAGAGAAAGUGACACGGGAAGACUGAUUAGUCAGAAACCAGCUAAUAAAUAUACCAUCCAUGAUGGAAUUGUCAAUACUGUACAGAGAUCUCCGUUUUUUAAAGACAUCAUUCUCAGUAUUGGAGGCUGGAAUUUUGCCAUAUGGAAAGAAGGUGUUACAGGUGGACCAAUACUUCAAUCAUGCUGCUCCCCAAAAAGAUAUACAGUAGGACACUGGUCCUUGUCAAGAGCAGGAGUAUUUUUCAUUGGUAGAGAAGAUGGGAAUAUUGAUAUUUGGGACCUACUGGAGAAAACUCAUGAACCAUCACAGACCCAGAACAUCUCUAUAUCCAUGAUCACCUGCAUUAAACCCUGGAUUGUCUCUUCAAAGCAGCACUUUUUAGCCAUAUCUGAUGACUUGGGAACACUACAUAUUUUAGAAAUCUCUUGGACAUUAAGUCAUCCUUCAAGCAAUGAGCGUGCCAGUGUCCUUCAUUACUUUGAGAGAGAAGUCAAACAUCUGGAUUACUUUGAACAGCGACAAGAAUUCCGAGCCAGAGAAAGAAAAGAAAUAGAGUUAGAAAAACAGAGAAAUAAAACAAGAGUGGUUCAUCCACAGAAAUCCAAAGAACAAAUGGAAGAACAGAUGAAUAUGGAUUAUUUGGAGUUUCUAGAGUUAGAAAAAAAGGUACUGAUAGACCUUGGAUUGCUAAGGGAGCCAGAAGGACAUGCCUCUUGAUUGGACUAGCAUAGCCAACUUGCAUUGUUGUUUUCAAGACAUCUUAUGUUCUUGUGAAACUUGUACAUAUGUAAUUAGAAAUAUAUUUAGUUUGACAAUUGUGGAGAUAAAUUGCCUAACACCUUGGCAGUACUAGCCCACUAGUUUUAUUAAGUCAUUUACUCAAAGUUGUAGAUAAGAGAAAAUAUGCUUCGUGUAUAUAUUCCCUGCAUUGUCAUCCAUGAGUACUGUUAAACAAACAUGAGCAGUCUACUGUUUUAAUUUGCUUUUAAAUUGUCUAUUUAUUUAUUCUCAUCACAUAUCCAUCAGAUAUGUACCUGCUUAACAAUAUUAUAUGAAAAGCCUACUCGGUAAGCCAAGCCAAAACUGUAUCAGUCAUACCAUAGAACUGAAUACAGGAUAUUCAUUUUCUUAUUAGACCACCCAAGUCUUGCUCCAAACAUCUCCUGUUCCAGCAGUGGCCAACGUGUGGCACAAGCAUCACAGCCAGCCUCUGUAUGUGGCAUUUGAUAGCUCAGAGAAGGGACAGGCAGCACCGCAGCAGAUUGGGCAGGAAGCAGAAGGUGGACCAGGAAAUCAGGCAGAGAGCACAAGGCAGGAAGCAAAAAGCAGAGCAGGAGAUUGGGCAGAGGAAGGGGAUUGGACUAGCACUCAGGGAAGGUGCAGAGCUAAUUUGUGGUGCACAUGUCGAAAAGCUUGGCCCCCACUGUUCUAUUUCAUCUUUUCCUAUGUCCAGAGCCCUCAUCCCGCUACAAAGCCAGAGAUCAGAGGUAGUUUUUGCUAUGUACUCUGCAGGUAACCAAAUAUGAGCACACAACACGUUCAUGCAGAAAGGUUCAGAGCUAAAGCAUCCUCAGCCAAGAUUAUCAGCUAUAUCAUCAGCCCUCUCCAAUUUACACCAAGUGGUAUCAAUUAGCAUCUCAGAUGACCUGAAAAGUAAUGACAACACAC